AUGAAGUCCAUUUCCAUCUUAGCCCUCUUCUUCGUUCUCUUCCUAGUGCUUUUUGUUACACCAAAGGUAGAAGCCAACGACGAUGAGUGCCUUAAAGAAUACUUUCCACAGGGAUACGAAAUUCCUGCUUACCGUGCUUGCACAGAACCGGAUAAUCCAUCACUUUGUUAUGUCACUUGCCAGCAAGAAAGGGGCGCGAAAGGUGGUAAAUGCAAAGGAGAAAAGAAAGAUCUCGAGAAUAUUCAAUGCUUUUGCGACUAUUGCAGCGAUGAUCGCCUACCCCUCCUUUUUUUUUUUGAGCCUACCCCUCCUUUAAAUUCAAGCAGAUCCGCCUUUGCUUAA